AUGUCCACGUCGCCAGACACGGACACGGCCAUGAAUGGCAUCGAGGAGGCAGAGGACACCCUCACCGUCCAGGUGGAAUCCAGUGGCCCACCGGCAACAGGCGCCCCGGCCCCCCAUCCCCCAAACAAUGCCGACGUACCAAAGCCCAAGCGCCUGGCAUGUAUGAUAUGUAGGAAGAGGAAGCUCAGAUGCGACGGCAACCGUCCACGCUGUAGCACAUGUACGAGGCUGGGCCAUGACUGUGCCUACGAUGAGGUCCGGCGGAAAAGCGGCCCUAAGCGUGGAUAUGUCAAGGCCUUGGAGGAGCGACUGAAGCAAGUCGAGACUCUGCUGAAGACGCAGGAUCCACCCGCUGCCCCCAAGCCAGUUGUGCAAGUUGCGCCCCCCGUCACAGUCAAUUCCGACCCCAAGAUCAACGACAGCCUCUCCACGCCUGUGAACCUCACAGUCAACGACCCUUCUAUCAGCCUUGCCGCUGGCGCCGACAUAGACCAGUGGAAUUUCCACGGGGACAGCUCGCCCCAACCUCCACAGCCCGCCGGUGACACCUUCGACUUCAAUGCCAUACCGAUGCAAAACAGCUUCACGUGGGAGAUGAUAGGCUUGGGUUUGGAAGAGCCACUACCUCCUCAGGAGUCCAUCGACGAAUUCCAUCAGAUAUACUUUGAGAAAGUCCACCCUUCUAUGCCCAUGAUACACAAGUAUCGUUACCUCGCAGCUAUGAACCUAGCGCCAAACCAACGCCCACCGGUGUGUCUCAGAUAUGCGAUAUGGACGCUCGCUUGUUCGGUAGCAGAUAAAUUUGCCGAUCUGAGAGACCUGUUCUACCAGCGGGCCCGCAAGUAUGUCGAGGCCGACUAUGUCAAAGGGUUUGGUGAACACCUGAUUUCGGUCGCCCAUGCGCAAACCCACGUCUUGCUCGCCGAGUAUGAGUUCAAGAUGAUGUACUUCCCUAGAGCCUGGAUGAGUACCGGUUCUGCAGUUCGGCUCUGUCAGAUGAUGGGACUGCAUCGCCUGGAUGGCGCUGGGUUGGACGUGAAGCAAUGCAUUCCCCCACCCCGGGAUUGGACCGAGAGGGAGGAAAGACGGCGGACCUUCUGGAUGGCGUUCACUGAAGAUAGAUACGCCAGUAUCGGUACGGGGUGGCCCAUGACCAUCGAUGAGAAGGAUAUCAUGAGCAACAUGCCUGCUUCAGACGACUCUUACAACAUGAGCCGGCCGGAGCAAACACAAACACUCGCAGAUUCCAUGACCCCCGCCGGAGCCGGUAGCAUUUCCACCAUGGGCGGUGUCGUCCUCAUGGCAUGCUUAUUCGGCCGCAACCUCCUCCAUCUCCACCGUCCGGAUGUCGAUGACCGAGACCACGACUUGAAUGGCGAAUUCUGGAAACGACAUAGAAACCUGGACAACAUUCUCCUGAAUACGUCUCUCUGUCUCCCAGCUCACCUCAAACUGCCCGCGGGUUUGACGAACCCAAACGUUAUCUUCACGAACAUGUGCAUACACACAUCCACUAUCUGCCUCCACCAAGCCGCCAUCUUCAAGGCGGAUAAGAACAGACUCCCAGCCUCGGUGAGUGCCGAGAGCAAGGUCCGCUGUAUCACUGCAGCAAAUGAGAUUGCGAGUACCAUGAGGACGAUCUCACAUAUAGACCUCUCAACGGUCAACCCCUUCACCUCCUUCUGCCUUUACGUUGCUGCACGAGUCUUUGUGCAGUACUUGAAAAGUCGGCCUGACGACAGUCAGACUGUCGACUCACUGCGCUUCCUCCUUGCAGCAAUGGGAGCGCUGAAGAGGCGGAACCCCUUGACCGAGUCCUUCCUUGUCCAGCUUGAUGUCGACUUGGAAGCCCUCGGUGCGCGCAUACCCAAGCUGAGAGCAGCCUUCCCACGGAGCACAUUAGGCAGUGGUUGCCAUUACAUGAAGUCCAGCGAUACCAGCGGUGACCCGGUGGGCGUUCCCGAGAUCGUUGAUCCCGAACCGAGCCGUUCCAGCAAUCAGGCAAAUGCCUCGAGUAUGCCCGGAGCGAGCGGUCGAUGGCCAAACACGGGCGCUAUGGCGUACAUGGACCGGUUGCGAUCUGGCAACGCCCCAACUUUCGGAUCUGGGAUGCUUCGAGGUUUCGGUAACGAAGCAAAUUCUGGCGAUAUGUCGGCAUCGCCAGACGCAGGGCUCGCAUCUGACAGGCCAACGCCAAACUCGAGCACAUCUGCAUCCGAACGAAACAACGGCGGCAGCAACAGCUUCACGGCAGGAAAUAGCAGCCGAUCGGGAAGGAACUCGUUCGAAGCCAGCCCGGCAUCAUCCACCAACAUCAUCAACAACAACGGCAAUAACAACUCGCAGGUGCAACGAGACCAGCUACAGAGCGGGAACAUCGAUGCGUUUUUCCAAAAUCUGCCUGGAAGCGAUUUCGCUACCGGGCUCACGCCGAAUCAGCAGUUCACGAUGCCAGAGACUCCAGGGAAGACACCAGGGGGCGGCACUGCCGGCUCAAAUACGGGUGACUUCAACUGGGAACAGUUCACUUCCGGCACAACGGGGAUGACGCCUGUCUCCGAAGGCGUUUUGAGGACAAUGCUACAAAUGGGACCUAUGGAGACAAUGGACAUGGGAUGGGAUGCACAGCCCUGA